UUCAGGGGGCUUCCUUUCCUGGCUGAGAAGGGUCUUCCUGAGCAGAGCUCUCCGAGUUCCCCGGCUCGCGGGGGCCGGCGAAGGGCAGGUCUGUUUGGUGGCCUACCUUGGCUUGUUUAUGCUCUGUGUCUCGUAUCAAGUCGAUGAACGAACAUGCAUCCAGUUUUCUAUGAAACUGUUGUACUUCAUGCUGAGCGCCCUGGGCCUGAUGGUGUGUGUGCUGGCUGUGGCCUUUGCUGCCCACCACUUCUCGCAGCUGGCGCAGUUGACCUGUGAGACCACACCUGACUCCUGCCAGUGCAAACUGCCCUCCUCUGAGCCUCUCAGCAGGACCUUUGUUUACCGGGAUGUGACUGACUGUACCAGCGUCACUGGCACUUUCAAACUGUUUCUGCUCAUCCAGAUGAUCCUCAACUUGGUCGGCGGCCUGGUGUGCUUGUUGGCCUGCUUUGUGAUGUGGAAACAUAGGUACCAGGUCUUUUAUGUGGGUGUCAGGAUGUGCGCCCUAACAACUUCCGAGGGCCAGCAGCAAAAGGUCUAACAUUUUUGCUCAGAGUCAGGAGAGAAAACAGCACGCUGACUAGCUGAGCUUUAAAAAAAAAAUACUUUUUUUAAUCGAAGAAUGAAAAAAAGAACACCCACUUUUGACAAUAAACGAUAUUCACUGCUCUAAAUGAUUAUUUUUCUAUUUUUCAAGAACCAGAAGAGCAUUUCUCCAGGUUUUCUAUUAUUUUUGAAAACACUU